UGGCGCGACGUGACGGGCGGCGCGGCGCGGUGCGGCGCGCUGCGUCGGGAGUCGGGAGACCCGGGAGAGAGAAAAAAUAGUUAAGAGGCUGGCACAGUAGAGGGCGGAUGGGUGGGAUGGGGACGCCGGCUUGAGGGACAGGUGUCAACGAUAUACGAACAACGGGGGAUUCCUCCCGGUGACGGUCGGCUGCGCGAGAAAACAAUCCAGGCGAGCUGGAGCGCGGGUUGCGAGUUACCGAGUGGUAUAUGAGUUCUACUGACAGUCUGCAAUGAAUUUCUCGCCGUUUGGAGGCCACUUCCCAACUACCAUACCGAGUAUCCAUCAAUUCGCGACCGACAGUUCCAGCGGUGCGGGUGCGCGCUACGCCAAUCAUUUUCCCAACCAGCCUCCGAUCGGAGUGCCGGUGAUGGGAAAGUACCGUCCUGAGAACAACGCCGUACAAUCCGCACAGUCGCAAGUGAUGAUGAACAAUAAAGCCAGCUAUCCCAACAGUAAUGUUCACCAUUAUCCAAACGUGCCGUACUCUCAGGCCCAAUCUGUUCAACAACGGCCCACCAACUCGCCUGGAAUGCAGGAGAAGCGUUCGUAUCAUCAGCAAUCCACGGAAACGAUAAAUCAACAAGAUGUUUGCAAUCUCCUUCAAGACAAGGACAAGAACAAGGAGAAGAAAGCGGAGGAGCAGCAACGCAACGGUGAGACAACUGCCACAAACGGUGCUCAACAGGAUUACACGAUGCACCAGCACCAUCAGCAGCACGCUCACACCCAGACGCCGGCUACUAUGCCCGCUACAUGGCAAUCGCUCGCCACUCCCGGAUCCACCGUAGCUGACUAUCUCAGUCAUUUGCCAGCCAGCACUUUACCGUUGAGUUUACACCACUUUCUCAAAUAUUCCGCCGAAAGUAUCAAGAAGGAGUCCGAAAUGGCGCAGACGACCUCGGUGGCCGUGGCCACCACAACGACGCCCAAUAUAAUGAUGUCGCCGAACAAUAAGAAAAAGAAAAAGAAGAAGACGCCGAAGGAGAAGAAGCCACGUCCGAAGCCCGGCGAGAUUCGCCUGACCACGGCGUUGGACGGCUCGACGUUGUACUGCUGCCCAGAGUGUCACAUGGCGUAUCCGGAGCGGGAACUGCUGGAGCAGCACCUGUUGGGCCAUACCCUGGAGAGAAGAUUCGUUUGUGACAUAUGCGGUGCCGGCUUAAAGCGGAAAGACCACCUCACGCGUCACAAACAGAGCCACAAUCCUGAGCGGCCUUACGUUUGCACCGUCUGCUUGAAGGCUUUUAAGAGAAAGGAGCAGCUGACGUUGCACUUUGUAAUACAUUCCGGCGAGAAGCGGCAUGUGUGCACGGAGUGCGGUAAGGGCUUCUAUCGGAAGGAUCAUUUGCGGAAGCACACCAGAAGUCACAUCGCGAGAAGAGUGAAGGCGGAACUGAGUCAGAACGCUGGUACGCAGCAGAAUCAGCAGCAGAAUAACGUCUCGAGUAUGCAAACGACAACCGUGUCGGCGUCGUCCGUUCUUCCGGGUGGGCAUCCAGGUCCUCUCCUGUCCUGAGCCCCGCCACCAGGGAACUUCCAGGUUCCCCAUCCGAACAAUAUUCUUCACACGCAUACUUCUCAUCAUUCGUUACACCAUCAUCAUUUAACGGCAGUCAACGUGGCGCAUCAGUCGACCGUCACGCCGCUCGCUACACCCAGUCACUAUCAGUCGCACGAGCUUAGCUUUUUGGGACAUGUUAAAGAUUUCUGAGACGAGGAGAGGACCUCGGCGAAGAGGUAACACCAACACGCUAACCGAUCGUCGUUGUCGUUGUCGAUAGGUAGCUACGACUGACUCAUCUCAUUCGGAUCUAGUGACUUUUAUAUAAAACGUAUUCGCAUUGUAUGUGCGUCGUGUGUGCUCCGGAUGAAGCUUCCUAUGUCUUGUCUCGUCAACUCACUACGGUGAGCCAUGCCAUUCCUUUUUCGACCGUCUUCACUGUUGCAUCCGACGAGUUCUCGUUACAAUCGUCCCAUUCGCGCGACUUUCAUUCUAUGCCAGUAUAUACUUUCCGCAGACAGAGUUACACGUAAUGCGCGUAAAGAAUCAAGCAGAGACAUAGAAGCUGUACGCUCCUUAUAGCACAAA